AUGAAAGUGGAAUCCCUGGACAAGGCAAUCGAAAAAUUUUGGGCGGUGGAGGAAUUUACAGAAAUACUUCCACGCUCGCAGGAAGAAGAAGACUGCGAGACGCACUUCAUGAACACCGUCAAGCGCGACAACACUGGCAGGUAUAUUGUGCGAUACCCUAAGCGCAUGAAUUUCAAUAACAUGAUUGGUGAAUCGAAGCAGACAACCAUACGACGAUUUCAACAAACGGAGAGACGGUUGGAACGGGACUCAAAUCUACGAUCGCAAUACAGUGCCUUCAUGAAGGAGUAUAUUGAGUUAGUCCACAUGAAAUGCGUCGGCGAAGCAAACGAUCCCCGUUUGGAUGAAGGCAAAACGGUCUGCUACCUUCCACACCAUCCGGUAUUUAAAGAGUCUAGUUCUACUACGAAGAUACGUGUGGUUUUCGAUGGAUCGGCGAAAACGUCUACGAACUAUUCACUCAACCAAGCCCUACUCACCGGAUGA